UUGAAAGAUUCAGCUCUUUCAGCUGCUAAAUAGGAGCUUACCGAAAUACUUCUAUAUCCUCGGAGAAGCUAAACUUGAUACAAAAAUGUAUGAUAUAGUUUCUAAUGUUAUGCAUAUCAAACUCUCACCUAGUUACGUUGAACUUCUGAACUCAGACGGGGGCAUGUCCCAGGUCCGGCAUGUUGUGUUGGUGCUGUCGGGGAAAGGAGGAGUGGGAAAGAGCACCAUCACCACAGAGUUAGCCCUGGCUCUCAGGCAUGCUGGCAACAAGGUUGGCAUCCUGGAUAUUGACCUCUGUGGCCCCAGUAUCCCCCGCAUGCUGAAUGUGGGACGGACUGACGUGCACCAGUGUGACUCAGGAUGGGUGCCGGUCUACACUGAUGCAGAGAAGAGCCUUGCCCUCAUGUCCAUCGGCUUCCUGCUGGAGGACCCAGAUGAAGCAGUGGUGUGGAGGGGGCCCAAGAAAACAGCUUUGAUUGGCCAGUUUGUGUCGGAUGUAGCGUGGGGAGAGCUGGAUGUGCUGCUCAUCGACACCCCGCCAGGCACGUCUGACGAGCAUUUGGCGGUGUUGGACAACCUUAAAAAACACAGAUUGGAUGGAGCUGUUUUGGUCACCACACCUCAGGCAGUUUCUACAGGAGAUGUGAGGAGAGAGAUCACCUUCUGUAAGAAAACAGGGGUACGGAUCCUGGGCAUCAUCGAGAACAUGAGCGGGUUUGUUUGUCCGCACUGCUCAGAGUGCAGCAACAUAUUCUCAAAAGGUGGAGGUGAAGAGUUAGCCAAACUGACCGGGUCAAUAUUCCUCGGUUCUGUGCCCUUGGAUCCUCUGCUCAGCACCAGCCUAGAGGAGGGCAAAGACUUCAUGCAGUCGUUUCCCGACAGUGCCACCUUCAGUGCCAUCAGCAGCAUCGCUCAGACUCUGCUCAGCAGCAUCCAAACAUCUUGAACCAAGAUUACAUUUGCUCAAAAUGGUUUACGUUUGAACAGAGGCUCUGUAAAAUGUACAUUGUAAUACAUAAAUGUUAGUUAUUGUUCGGAUGAUUUCCAUGUUGCAUUUUUGUCCUGUACAGUUUAACAAUAUUAAACUGUUUGCUAAUUAUCUGCUUUUUAACUCUUUUCUUAAACCUUUUAUACCUAAUGUCAGUAUCUGCCAAAUGUACAGAGCAGGCUUUGUGUGAACUUAUGUCAGUGUUAACUCACAUCUGUUGUGUUAACUACAUUCACAAGUGUAACAGGAAGACAUGGACAUAAUGAUAUUAAAAGUGCAAGUCAUGUAAAGGCAUGCUUCCUCUGAAAGUGUCACUGUAGAAUAUACAUCCAUUGUGUUUGAAGCCAGUCACAUCUAAGUUGGAAUCUUCUUUAAUUCGAUUGUGACACACGUCGACACAUCAGGAUAACUUCAAUAUCAGUGGCAAUACAGGAUUGUAGAUUGGCUCUUUAGUUAAUGCGUCAGCAGCAGUUUCAGAAAACAAACCCCAGAUCAAAUUGGACCGGCUCUGAGUGAAACUAGGCCCCUCAUCUCACUGGGUUCCUGCCGCAUGCUACAAGCACCAGGUCUUUGUGUCAUUUAAACUUUAUUAUUUUUUU